UGGAAGGAGCGGCAGCACGAGUCACGACUCCCGAGUCCCGAGAUGAUUCGCGUGAGAGAUGUCCACAGGUGGAUGUAGGAAGCCUGUAGGCAUCGUGUAAGAAUUACUCUUGUAAGGGCGGGCGUAGCUGGGCACAGCUAGAAGGCCGCGAGCGUCUGGGCUGGGCAGCUGAAACAAGGAAAGGAGAGUACCCCUUGGCAUCUGGCUUGGAAAUAUUGACGGAGCUUCAACCAGCUGAGCAAGAUGUCGCCCGUCAACUCCAAUGGUUUGAUUGUAAACGACUCGCCGCUGCACCAUUCGCUGACGCUUCUGCUGAUCCAGUUGCUGAUUAUCAUUGCGUUCAGCAGAGUCCUUGCUGUCGUCCUUCGCCCUCUGAGACAGCCCCGAGUCAUUGCAGAGUUGAUCGGGGGCAUCCUACUGGGCCCAAGUGUUCUCGGAAGGAUACCCGGGUUUUUGGACCAUGUCUUCCCGGAAUCUUCCCUUCCAGUAUUGGAGGAUGUUGCGACUCUUGCGCUUCUAUUCUUCCUGUUUCUCAUUGGCCUUGAGUUGGACGUGAAUGCAUUGAAGACCGUGGGGCCCAAGGCUUUGGUCAUCAGUGCUAGCGGAAUCAUUCUCCCCUUCGCAUUAGCUGUCCCAGUAACUGUCUGCAUCAAGGGGCUGGGUCUCUCCAGCGUUGGCUUCGGCUACCUGUACUUGUUCACGGGGGUCGCCAUUGGGAUCACAGCAUUUCCAGUUCUUGCAAGGAUUCUGGCAGAGACCAGACUACUGACAACAGACAUAGGACAAAUUGCCAUGGCGGCUGCAGCUGCCGGGGACGUGGUUGCAUGGUGUCUCCUUGCACUGACUGUGGCAGUCCUGAAUUCGAGGAACCAGAGCCCUAUUGCAGGACUGUGGAUCCUACUUGCUGGGAUUGCCUUCAUCCUCUUCAUGUUCAUCUUCAUAAGGCCCAUCUUCCGUUUCAUUGCCCAGCGCAACGACGAGCGGGGAGUGGUUUCGGAGUUCUCAGUUUGCCUCGCGCUCAGUCUGGUGCUUGUCGCCUCCCUCCUUACAGACAUCAUUGGCAUUCACCCGAUUUUCGGAGCGUUCGUUGCAGGCAUGAUGAUUCCCCACGACUCAGCCUAUGCAGUGGCGUUAACGAGCAAGGUGGAGGACUUCAUUGCUGUCACCUUGCUCCCAGCCUACUUUGCAGUCUCCGGACUCAAGACCCAGAUUGCGUCUAUCAACUCCGGGAAGGCCGUGGUUGCCAUGUUCGUCAUCAUUUUCGCGGCCUGCUUCGGCAAAAUCGUGGCGUGUACCGCAGCAGCCUGCGCCUUCAAGAUGCCCUUUCGCAAGAGUCUGGCGAUCGGUCUGCUCAUGAACUCCAAGGGGCUGGUGGAGCUCAUCGUGCUCAACGUGGGCCUCCAGGCGGGCGUGCUGGAUCAGCAGCUGUUUGCAACGUUCGUCAUCAUGUGCCUCGUGACCACUUUCAUGGCCACCCCCCUGGUCAUGUGGGUCUACCCCCCUGCCCGGUUCCAGAAGCAGACUCUUGCCCCGGCCCAGAAACUUCAAGCCGUGGCACUGGACCACAAACCGGUCCGCUUGCUGGCGUGUCUCUACGGCCGGAACGACAUCCCCGGAGCUGUUAAGAUCACGGAGCUGGCAAAGGGCUCGGAUCAGCAAAACCUCCGGGUGCACGCACUGCAUCUUCAGGAGCUGUCGGAGCGGCCGUCGGCGAUCCUGACAAUGCAGCGGUGGGCUGGCAAGGUCUCACCGGCGUUCGGCAUGACCAACGUCGGCCUCACGUUCAAGUCCUUCGGCGACCUCGACACCAAGGUGCCCGUCACCUCCUCGGUGGCGAUCUCUUCCCUUACGAGCAUGCACGAGGACAUCACCGCAGCAGCAGCCCGCUCGCAGAGCAACGUUAUCCUGCUGCCCUACCAACCGGCGGGCGCCAUCGGGAGGCUCCUCGACUUCCCAGGAGGCGGGUUGGAUCAGAUCACGUCCCAGACCCUCAAGACCGCCCCCUGCACCGUCGCCCUCCUCGUGAAUCGCACCGAAGCCGGCCCGACCUCCUCCCCGGUGAUCUCCCCCGAGCGCUCCAUCGAGAACGGCGUCACGCGGGCGGUUAUGCUCUUCUUCGGCGGCCCCGACGACCGGGAGGCCCUGUCUCUGGCGGCGCGCAUCGGCGGCCACCCGCAGGUCGAGCUUACCGUCAUCCGCUUCCUGCCCAGCGAGGCCUGGGCGCUCGCGCUGCAGCAGAAGGCGGCCGCCAAGCAAGCGGAGGAGAAGCAGGAGUUGCUCGCUCGGCGCGCAAGCCAGGGAGACAGCGCCGGUGAAAUCAGCUCGGGGGGAUCCCCCGAGCAGAACGCCGAGGGCAAGAAGCCCGUCAUCGAAGACGAAGUUGCGCCGGCGCCGAAGGCGGUGGAGUUGAAGGAGCUCGCGCGGCGGACCAACCUGGGUGCGGACGACCGGACGGCAUCGGGGUCGUCCGAAGCGAGCGCGGUGUCCGUGGUGAUCGACCGCCUGCAGCCGGACAAGGAGCGCGCGCUGGACGACGCGGCGCUCGCAUUUUUGUACGCGGAGGCGAAGCGGGACCACUCGGAGGGGCGGCGCGUGCGCGCCAAGUUCGAGAACGUGGAGCUCGACCAGCAGAGCGUGUGGUCCGCAGUCAAGGCCAUCAAGCUGCACCAGUACAACCUCAUCGUCUUCGGCCGCAACCUCGUCCGCCCCCCUCCGAUUCUGACGCCAGAGGACGAAGGCGCCACUCUCACCCGGGGAAACUCGUUCAAGUUGAUUCGUGACAGCCUCAGCGCAGCUGCAUCCGGUUGGACCAACACGGACGUCCGGCCGAUGCUCGGCCCGGUGGCGGACAAUCUGUUCAAGUCCGGCGUGAUUGAGCAGGCUUCGCUGCUCGUUGUUCAGGAUAGCGAGUCACGCUAGAGACUCUACGGAAGGACUGUCAUGUGCUUGACGCUUUUCGUCUCUUUAACCAAUUGUGCAAAAGCAGAAUGCAGCAGCAGAUACAAACGAGCAUUGUGCAAGGAACAUAGGUCGGACAUGCCCCAAGGACCGCCUGUACUUUGCCAGCGAAAGCGGGUAGGAUAUUAUUCGCAAGAAUUACGUUCUAGUUGAUUAGUGUCGGAUUAAUCUCAUUUGGAACACCCUUGCUUCUCGGGAGUUGAGCAACAGGAGCUGAAGGCUUUGUUAUCGGAGCAGGGUUUGUUGCUUUCACAGAUUCUUUCAAGGUAUCCUCUCUACAGUAGUUUGCAGUCUCCCGGAGUUGCCAACUGUAUAUAGCGGCUGUAACAAGACUCGUUAAGACCCCUUGGAUUAUAUCCGCGAGCUUGAAACGCGUUAAUUCAAAGCUUUCUUGAAUCCACGCC